AGUUGACGUAGAGUUGGAAGUGUGAUUUUCAUAGAAAGACACUCUUCGGCGUAGUUUCGUGUGGAACUCAUUCCAGGAAUCUUGUUGUACGGACGUUUGACGUCACGUAAAUGAGAAAAGAGGCUUGGAACGCAUGAUGCUAAAUCGGUGGACCCGGAAGAGUGAACUGGUAGGCGUGGGCUAUGUUCUGUAAUCUACAGAUUGUAGCGGUAUGUUUACGAAUGAAUCGAUGACGUGUCUCCUAAGUGUUAGCUCUUGUUUAACAAACCCCAAGAACGUUGGAAUGCUACAUAUCAAAUGAGUAACAUGUGGUAUAAAUGCUGUCUAAACAGAGCAUGGCUCUCCAGAUCAUAUUUACAUACGUUGCUGCUUGCCUUUGCCUAUGUUAGUCUUGGAUCAAGUCGUGUUCUACUUGUGAAAUUUUCUGCAAAUGAAGAUAAUACAUAUGACUAUGUUCCAACCACAGUGAAUGUUUGUGCGGAGGCAGUAAAGCUCCUAUUCUGUAUGGUGAUGUCUGUUAGGAUAAUAAUGAAAGAAAGACGCUCAUUUAGAUGCCAUGCAUCAUUAAAGGAAUUUUUUCAGUACAUGAAAUGGGCUGUUCCAGCAUUUCUUUACUUUUUGGACAAUUUGAUCAUCUUUUAUAUUUUAGCUUAUCUGCAACCAGCCAUGGCUGUGUUGUUGUCCAAUUUUGUUAUCAUUACUACAGCAUUUUUCUUCAGAUUCAUAUUAAAGCGCCAGCUGUCCUGUGUCCAGUGGGCUUCCCUAUUGAUAUUGUUCCUGUCCAUUAUGGGGCUGACUUCACAAAACGACACUGCUCAUCAAGAAGUAUCCGUCAACAUUCAUCACCACCUUUUUCACUCCGCCCCCUCAAACAGCUGCAUUUACCCCAAAAAGCUGGACACUGAAGCCCACACAGUCAGCCUGAAAGCAAUAGCCAACUUUCAGUAUUUCCACCUUGGCAUCGGCCACUUCCUGAUCUUGCUGCAGUGUGUGAUUUCUGCAUUGGCAAAUAUUUACAAUGAGAAAAUUCUGAAGGAGGGAGAGCAGAUCUCGGAAAGCAUCUUUAUACAAAACAGCAAACUUUAUGUCUUCGGAGUUUUGUUCAAUGGCCUCACCCUGGUUCUGCAUGAGGAACACUUUAGUAAAAUCAAAUCCUGUGGAUUUUUUUAUGGUCACAAUGGAUUUUCUAUUGCCCUUAUUUUUUCAACGGCCUUUGUUGGACUGACAGUGGCCUUUAUAUUGAAAUUCAGAGACAACAUGUUUCACGUGCUUACAGCACAAUUAACGACUGUGAUCAUUACCAUUGUAUCCUAUUUUGUGUUCAAUUUUAAGCCUUCUCUGGACUUCUUUCUGGAAGCGCCUGUUGUCCUGCUUUCUAUAUAUAUUUAUAAUGCAAGCAGAAUUACUGAUUCCAGUGGUGCCACACAACGAGAGAAAUUCCAAAUAAUAAAUGGAGAUGUAUGGGAACGCUCAAAUGGGGAUGGCCAGGAGCUUGAGAAGCUGACUGCAGCAAAUGAAGACUCUGAGACUGAUGAAGAAAUCUUCUAGCAAAGCAAAAUCAUAUACUAAUGUCAAGCGCCUGGAAAAAAGCAGUGGAACUUGUAGCACAAGAGGGGGAAUAACAUAGAACUUUGACCCUAAACUUAAUUUAUGAUUUGCACAGGGUGCACUUUUUUCAGUUCAGUAUUAAAUCAUCUCCUUUUGGUUGCACAGGACAUAUCUGAACUUGAGAAACACUUGCAUUAUAACAUCUGUUUUGGUACCACAGUUGGAGAACUUCUUCCCGCUAGGACUUUCAGCACCAGUUGAGCUGCCAGAGCAUCAGGGGAAAUCAAAAUAUUUUUACAACGUGUUUUCUUGCUUGCAGUCUCUCUUGGAAAAGAUUUGUACAGGUAUGGAACCUCUUAUCCAGAAUGCUUGGGACCUGGGGAUUUCGGAUAAGGGGUCAUUCUUUACUUUGGAUCUCUUUACCUUAAGUCUACAUAAAAAUGAUUUUAACAUUAAAUAAACCCAAUAGGAUUAUUUUGCCUCCAAUAAGGAUUAAUUAUAGCUUAGUUGGGAUCAAGUACAAGGUACUGUUGUAUUAUUACAGAGAUGAAGAAAAUAAUUUUUAAAAAUUGGGAUUAUUUGAUUAGAACGGAGUCUGUGGAAGAUGGACUUCCAGUAAUUCUGAGCUUUCUGGAUAGCAGGUUUCCAGAUAACAAACCCCCAUACCUGUAAUGGGAUAUUGUGUGCACUAGAUGAAUUAAUAUUACAAAUGUGCCUUGGAUUUUAAUAUUUUUGUAUGUCUAAAAUAGGUCAUCCCUUUACAUUAACGCUGAAAAGAAAAUAGUAUUAAAUCCUAGAAAAUGAAA